AUGCGGCAGCCUCAAGUCAUCUACGCCGGAGUUGAUCCAACCGCAAAGUCUCUUCACGUUGGCCACCUCUUGCCGUUGCUAUGUUUAUUUCAUUUCCAGCUUCGUGGACACAAGAUCAUCUCACUGAUAGGUGGUGCUACUGGUCUCAUUGGAGAUCCUUCCGGCCGAUCGACAGAACGACCGCUUGCUGAAGCCUCUGUCGUGGAGGACAAUGUCCGUGCAUUGAGCGAGGCCAUUCAACGCUUCUUCUCCAGCGCUCUAGACUACGCACACAGCAGAUUAUCCCCUUCGGACACGCGAAUUUCUCCGCCUGAUGUCCGCAACAAUCUACAUUGGUUCAAGGAUAUGGGCCUUCUAGAGUUCCUCCGGACGGUAGGCAUACAUCACAGAGUGAACAACAUGAUGGCACGAGACAGUGUCCGGACGCGCCUCGAAUCGCAGCAGGGCAUCUCUUUCACGGAGUUCACGUAUCAGCUCCUGCAGUCGUACGACUUUUUGAGAUUGCACAAGGACGCAGGAUGCAACAUCCAACUUGGUGGCUCAGAUCAAUGGGGCAAUAUCGUCGCAGGAAUCGACCUGAUCCAUCAUGUCAACGCUGCCGGCAGCGCGGACGGGCAACCGGACAAGGGUUACGGUAUAGUAACCCCGCUCCUGACUACGGCUUCCGGCGAGAAGUUCGGAAAGAGCGCAGGGAACGCGGUGUCCCUGGACCAGCGCGUCACGAACGUCUUCGACUUCUACCAGUUCUUCCUCAGAACAGCGGAUGCCGACGUCGGACGCUAUCUCAAAAUGUUACUCUGCUACCCGUCGAAACAUCGACGAGGGUCUACGCUGACACUCUGUCAGCACGCACCCGAGCUGAGGACCGCGCAACGCCUCUUGGCCGAAGAGGUGACCGAAUUGAUACACGGCAAAGACGGGGUCCGAAAGGCAGUCGCUGCGACAGCCGCGCUUUACGGUAGCGACUUUUCCUCGGUCAGAGCUGCCGACGUCGUAGACGCUCUCGAAGGACUGCCUGUCUUGCACCUCCUUGACGAGGCGGAGCUUUUUGGCACCUCGGUCCUGAAGUUGGCUGUUCGCUGUGCCAUUGCUCCAUCUAACGGCGCUGCACGUCAACUUGUCUCGGCGAAGGGUCUCUACGUCAACGGUCGACCGAUCACCGACACACAGCUCAAAUUGACCAGUAGGGACUUGAUAGAUAACCGGCUGGUCAUUCUGCGAGCGGGAAAACAAAAGCAAGCCGUGAUAGCAUUGAGACAACAUUAG